AUGUCGGCUUACUCUGCGGAGGCACACAGUACGAACACAUGCAAAAUCAAGCUCCCAAUUGGAACCCCUUCUCUCCCGCUAUUACGCCUUCUGUCUCUCUUUAUCUUCUUCGCCUGCUCCGUCUUCUUGGUUCCCACCGUUACUGGUUGCUCCAAUGGCGGGUGUCAGAUUCUAGAAUCGUGUUCAGCUGCUACAGACUGUGGGCUUGGGCUCUACUGUGGAAAUUGCCCUUCGCUUGGGAAAACUCAACCUUUCUGCGUCAGGGGCCAGGCCACAAUACCAACUGCCAUUAUUAGUGGGCUUCCCUUUAACAAGUACUCAUGGUUGGUGACUCAUAAUGCGUUCUCGAUUGUGGAUGCACCUUCCUUGACCGGUGCUCAGAGAAUCACUUUCUACAAUCAAGAAGACACUGUUACUAAUCAGUUGAGGAAUGGAGUUAGGGGGUUGAUGCUGGAUAUGUAUGAUUUUGAGAACGAUAUCUGGCUCUGCCAUUCGUUUCGAGGCCAAUGCUACAACUUCACAGCCUUUGGACCUGCACUUAAUACAUUGAGAGAAGUGGAAGCAUUUUUGUCCCAGAACCCAUGGGACAUUGUUACUAUAAUAAUCGAGGAUUAUGUGCACUCGCCGAAAGGGCUUACAAGGGUUUUUUCUGAUGCUGGUUUGGACAAGUAUUGGUACCCGGUAUCGAAGAUGCCAAAGAAGGGUGAGGAUUGGCCCACGGUUAACAGCAUGGUGCAAAACAAUCAUCGCCUACUGGUUUUCACAUCAGAUUCUUCAAAAGAGGCGAGUGAAGGAAUCGCGUACCAGUGGAGGUACAUGGUGGAAAAUGAGCCGGGAGACCCUGGGGUAGAACCUAAGUCAUGUCCAAACAGAAAGGAGUCAAAGCAGCUCAAUUCAAGAAGUGCUUCUCUAUUUCUGAUGAACUAUUUCCCAACAAUACCAGUUCAGAAUGAGGCCUGCAAAGAGCAUUCGGCGCCACUUGCUGAUAUGGUCGCAACAUGUUAUAAAUCUGCCGGAAAUUCAAUGCCCAAUUUCUUGGCUGUGAAUUUUUACAUGAGGAGUGAUGGAGGGGGUGUAUUUGAGACUUUGGAUCGAAUGAAUGGACAGACAUUAUGUGGGUGUAGUACUGUCGCUGCUUGCCAGGCUGGAGCUCGUUUCGGAAGUUGCAAAGAUAUUGCUUCAUCUAACACUACUCCACCGAGCACCACCACAGCCGGAAGCUUUUCAGGAAUGAGAAGAAAGAGUUUGAACAAUGGUUUGUUGUACUUGAUCCAGGUUUUAAUGUUGUAA